AUGGGUAACAUGAAGGUGGGUGAUGCAGAAAAAUACAAUACCUUGAUCGUCUUUGAACUGUUCUUCAUCAUCUCCAGGGUGGUGUUUGAAAUUCAAUGGUGGAGUUCAUCUCAAUUGUUCUCAUUGCAGUUAUUACUACCACAUUGCUACUUGUCCGAAUUCUUUAUGUUAUAUCUCAGAGUAAACAGUUUGGCUGAUAAGACAAGUUAUCAAGGGGCAGAUUCGUCCAAAUUUUUAAAAAUAUAUCGAAGCCGUGAAGUGGGACAGUCAUAUAUUACCUCAAUCGGGACAACAUUAUUUGCUUUAUGUCAUGCUUUCUGGCUCAUGCUCAAAAUCAGACCUCAACUGGUUUUGGGAAUUAGAUGGCCGUAUAUUUUCUAUGUGGAAAGUAUUGCAAGAGUGAAAAGACUAUCACUCAGUGGUUUGCUUCUUUACAAAUUACACAUGGCUGAUCAGUUUCCCUCUUUUUGCUCUCACUCUCUGCGCGUCGCCGCCUCCGGCCUCCGCCCUGCUACCGUCGUGGUCCGCCUCUCCUCUCUCUGCAGCUGCUGCUCCACUGUCGCUAGUUCCCCUGCCACUGUGACGGCAGUAUGUGUAAUGAUGUGGCUGAAGAGCAGUUUUCAUAAAGUGAGGCACUUUUCCAGAGUGUCUCCUCCACUACCUGAUUGUGUUGUGAGAGUUUCCAACAACAUCACUCAUUUGGGUCUUCCUAAAUCUCCCCACAAGCCACGUCAGCUUUUCUCAUUGCCUCCAUUGCCACCUCAUCCUCUACCUGGAAAAAAUGCUUCUCCUGAUUCUCAUAUCACUGCCAUUAGCUGGAUGAAAUAUUACUUUGCUGAUGUCACUCCCUCUGUCAUCCAAUCACAUUUCAACAAAGGCCUUGUGAAAAUGGAGUGUCAUGAAACAAAAAGUUUGAAAAAGAUUAAACAUAAUGAGGUGAUGAAAAUGGGUUCUACACUUCAUGUGGCUGUAUCUGUUGCUGAAUCUAGAAUCUCAAAGAGAUUUGAUACAAUUCCAACUGCAUCUUUAUCUCCAAAUGCAGAUGAGAUUCAAUAUUUGCAAAGACUUGUUAUGUACAAGGAUUCUGCUCUACUUGUUCUGAAUAAGCCACCAAAGGUGCCUUUAAAGGGGAAUCUUGCUGUUCAUAACAGCAUGGAUGCACUUGCAGCUGCAGCAUUAUGUUAUGAUUAUGAUGAAGGCCCUAAACUGGUUCAUCGUCUUGAUAGAGAAAGCAGUGGGAUUCUUUUAAUGGGAAGAACAAAAGAGACCAUAUCCUAUCUUCACUCUUUGUUCAGUGAAACAAAACCAUCACUUAAUGCAUUGAAUGAUACGUAUCAAAGGUAUUGGGCACUGGUGAUAGGUACCCCAAAGCAACAACAUGGUAUAAUCCAUGCCCCUCUCACAAAGGUGGUGCUUAAUGGUGGAAAAGCGGAGAGGGUAAUGUUGGGAUAUGGUUGUAAUCUAGAAACUUCCCAAGAGGCCGUAACAGAGUAUCGUGUACUGGGCCCCACAAUAAAUGGUUGUUCGUGGCUCGAGUUGAGACCACUCACAAACCAUAAGCAUCAGAUGCGAGUGCAUUGUGCGGAAGCUCUGGGGACACCAAUUGUGGGGGACUUUAAGUACGGUUGGUUUGUGCACAACAAAUGGAAGCAAAUGCCAAGGCCCGAUUAUGAGCCCAUAACUGGCGAGCCUUACAAGAUGAGAAGGCCCGAUGGGUUGGAUGUUCAGAAAGGAAGUGUAUUGUCUAAAGUACCCUUGCUACAUUUGCAUUGUAGGGAGCUUGUUAUUCCUAAUGUUGCCAAGCGUCUUGAGGGUAAAAAUGUAAAAUCCAAGCCGGAUGUUCUUCGAUUUGUGGCACCCAUGCCUUCUCAUAUGAAGAUUAGUUGGAAUUUAAUGUCAUCUUAUUUGGUUUGACUUUGACUUUUGUAUAUUGUUAAUGUUUUAAGUUAUUCAGAUCCUAUGUUUGGUUUAAUAAGACAAGGUUUAUAA